UAUCACUUCGAGAAACAACCCCAUAAAAUCUGCAAGAAAUGUUUUGUUGUCGAUCAUGAUGACUCGGCUUGUGAAGCAAUUGCCAAGAAUCUAAAAGUAGUUGCAUAUAACCCAAAAGAAUUUUGGCUUUGGUGUCAGAAUGAUCCGGAGGGGCAGGCUUUGGUGGCAUCCCUUGAGGAAGAAGACAGACGCCUAAAUCAGGAUAAGCCUAAAAUUCUCGAAAUUGGUACUUCUUCUGAACCAGAUGAGAAUACGAAGAGAAAGAGUAUGAGAGAGACAGAAAACAAUUCUUAAGUUGUUCAUCAAAUCGAUCAUAUACACAUAAACCCCAUCUUCCAGCCUUCAGAAUCUUCUUCUACUCUUGUUAUUGAGAUGAAUCACACUGAUCAGCUACUUACUCCUAAAAGACAUCUCGUAGAGGGUGAUAUUGAAAUGAGUUAAAGAGCUAUUGAAUCACAUUCUUAUGGAGAUCUCGUCCAUGGAAUUCAAGGAAACACUGCGAAUACGGAAAAAUCAGGAAUACAAUUAAGAAAUGGCUCAAUGGUCUGCACCGGGGCCCGAUUGUUUUCCACCUGGGUUUUACAAGCAAAACAUGGAGCUCCUUGAAAAUGAUAUUUUGCGAACAAUUAUAUGUUUCUUUGACACAAGGCAUUUGCUUAAAGAAAUGAACCAUACAUUUCUAUCUUUGAUUCCUAAGGUGGCUACAAGGGAUGCAGUCCAUGGUUUGACUAGAAGUGUGGAGGAAGCUGAAAGUCUGGCAGUUUUUGAAGCUAUCCAGUGGAGUAACCUCAGAAGUUUAUCUUCCAUAUGUAUCAGAAGUGACUCAAGUAAUGUUAUCUCCUAUUUGAAUAAAACUAGUAACCAGAUUAGCGGGUUUGCUAGCUCAAUCUUAGGUGAUUGCUUAGUCUUAAUUAACAAUGCUUGUUUUACUAAAUUUGAGUAUGUCCAGAGAGGUUUAAAUUCAUAUGCUGACAAAGCAACAAAACAGAGUAGAAGGAUGAGUGUAACAGGUUCAUGGGAAGUUGACUAUCCUCAUUUCCUGAGCCAAAAUCUGUAAUUCUCCUAUUUUAAAAAUCCUGGCCAAAUUGGGGUAUGCCCAGAUUAAUUGGGGUAUACCCAUUUUGUUCCUAACCAUAAUAGAGGGUUAAGAGGUG